AGCCGACACAUCUGGACCGGGUUUGUCUGGAUCCCGGGUCCUGCUGCAGUCUGGAUUAAAUUUAUUUCAUUUGUAUUUCUCUGAUCCUGGUCCUGGUUCAGAGUCUGAGGGGAGGGCAGGCAGUCUGGAUUAAAACUCAUCAGGAUCAUGAACACCCCCUCUCUGCUCCUCUAAUCUGGGUUUUACUGAGCUGGAUUUAAAUCUGGGAUCUGAUCUGGAUUACUCUGCUCCUGGUUCCGAUCGGGUCACAUCUGACCCGGUCUGCACCCGUCCUGAUCUUGGUGUGAUCUCGGAUCUGGUCCCAGUCCUCUCGGUCCUGGUGUGAGGAGAUCUGGUGUCAUCAUGCCGACGUCCCGGCCCGGAUCUGAGCCGGUGGAGUUCUGGGUGGACGGGUCCAGGAGGGACGGGACCGUGGAGGAGGUCUACAGUCUGAGUACCGAACUGGGCAGAGGAGCGACAUCCAUCGUGUAUCGCUGUGAGGAGAAACAGACCCAGAAGCCGUACGCUGUCAAAGUCCUGAAGAAAACGAUCGACAAGAAAAUCGUUCGUACUGAAAUCGGCGUUCUGCUGCGUCUCUCCCACCCAAACAUCAUCCAGCUGAAGGAGAUCUUUGAGACGGACACUGACAUCGCUCUGGUGCUGGAGCUGGUUACCGGAGGAGAGCUGUUCGACAGGAUCGUGGAACGCGGUUAUUACAGUGAGCGAGAUGCCGCUCAUGUCAUCAAGCAGAUCCUGGAGGCCGUGGCGUAUUUACACGAGAACGGCGUUGUGCAUCGUGACCUGAAACCUGAGAACCUGCUGUACGCCGACCUGUCGCUGGACGCUCCUCUGAAGAUAGCUGACUUUGGACUUUCCAAAAUCAUUGAUGACCAGGUGACCAUGAAGACGGUCUGUGGCACACCAGGUUACUGCGCUCCAGAGAUCCUGCGGGGAAACGCCUACGGCCCCGAGGUGGACAUGUGGUCAGUGGGCGUCAUCCUCUACAUCCUACUCUGUGGGUUUGAGCCCUUCUUUGACCCACGGGGGGAUCAAUACAUGUACAGCCGCAUCCUCAACUGUGACUACGAGUUUGUGUCUCCGUGGUGGGACGAGGUCUCUCUCAAUGCCAAGGAUCUGGUCAGUAAGCUGAUCGUCCUCGACCCUCACAAGCGCCUCAGUGUCCGAGAGGCCCUGCAGCACCCCUGGGUGCUGGGUAAAGCUGCUCGCUUCUCCCACAUGGACACCACCCAGAGGAAACUGCAGGAGUUCAAUGCUCGACGCAAACUGAAGGCAGCCAUGAAGGCCGUCGUGGCCACCAGUCGGAUGCAUGAGGGUUCGCGGCGUCGUACUGACAGCUGUGAGAUUCCAGGCUCAGGGACAUUGAGGCAGAGCAGCAUUCAGCAGGACCUGCCCCCUGAGUCUACAGGCCCUGCCCCCACAAACACGGAGGCCCCGCCAUCAGAUCAGCAGUCACCGCCGCAGGAAGACAAGUCAAAAAGUGCAGGCCAAAGUGCCCUCAGCCCCUCCCCUUCACACAGCCCCAAACAACCCAGCUGUGAUGUCACACCCACGGGCCCUGCACCCAUUAGGCCGCCGCUGCGGGCCGAUGGGCAGCGGCAGGCGUCUGUUGUCCCCAAAACUGUGCUGGGCCAGCCCCGGCUACCACAGAAGAGCUGCUCCAUGGUAGAGCCUGCCCCCAGGGUCGAAGCGACACCCACUCUGGCCACACCGCCCAGUCCCAACAGCCUCAGCAACGGCUUCAUGCCAGGAGCAGAGCCUACCUGUAAGACUGCCCACUGCCAGUGAUCACCUGACGCAAAGCAGAGACACUCCUCUCUGCUUCUGUUUGCCACAACCACAAAAAAAAAAACACAAAAAUGAUGCAGUUCUAUUAUCUUCUCUGCAAACAAAAUAAUUUAUUUGGACCAAAUUGCACCAGAAACUAAACUCUCUGCAACAUCUACAGCUGAAAUUUAAUCACCAACAACAACUUUGUUCCUGUUCUGUAGCUCUGCUGUCAUGCCACGUACUCACUGAGGGUUUGCUGAAUGUUGGUCUGGUUUCAAUGUGCAGGCUGGAGAUUACUCAAGAUAUGAGAAACAAAAACACAAUUGUUCCAUCAGGACUUAAGACAGACCAUGUCUUCUCUGCUAUUUUUACUGUGGUGAGAAAAAUAACACAACACGCUAAUACACACUAAUUGCCAAGGUAGCUAGCUAGUUUUACAUGAACAUGUUUGUUAUUCAAACAUCAUUUCAAUUUUCUUAUACAUAAAACUGACCAACUUCUAUCUGUUGGUCUGUCUGAGAAGUUGAAUACAUUUAGAGACGUUAAACUUGUUGAGUACUAAGAGAAGGAUUAGCAAAAUGCUCUUUCAGUAACUGCGUCAAAACAGUUUUUCCUGUCUGUUGUGUUUUUGUAGAUAAAUUAUUUAUCUCAUAUGUGAUUUUAAUGAUCAGGUAAUUAUUUGGUAUAUCUGUGUGCCUGUAGGAUUAUGACACAGACGUUUUUUCUAUUUAAAAAUAAAUCCUUUAAAUGUUCUUUAAAUGUUUUUUAAUUAUAAUAUAUAUUUCCUGUUAUCAUCUAAAACAAAGCAAAUAUUAAGUCAGUUCAGGUUAGCUAGCGUCUCUGAGCUAGCAUGCUAGUUUGUAAUUUGGAACAGUGCAGCAUUAACGUGAUUCAGAAAUGCUGCUUCAAUGAGUUUGUAGCUGUAAUUCUCACCCGCAUCUUGAGAAAAUAUACGUUAAAGCUCGGUCACACUAACAUUUAAAAUGGAAACUGAUAGUUAGUAAGCUAGCUAGCUGGGAGAUCUAUUGUGACAAGCUCUAGCAUAUUAGCAGUUAGCUCACCAGCUACAGUAGUUAUUGUGUUGAUGAAGUCUGACUUGGACUUUACUUCUGUGGCUUCUUAGCUUGAUAUAAACUCAUUUUACUGCUCAACUCAAACAAGUCCUAACCAAACUAUAAUGUCGUGUUUUGUCGCUCUUCUUACCGCAGUAACAAACAGAGAAAUUAACAUGUUUACAACUGAAACAAACUCCUCAGAAUCGAGAGUCAAGCUAAAUGUGGCACUUUGUCAGGUCACUAACUGCCAUUUCGUCUUUGAGAACAGGCCACUGCCACUUCAAAGGAGUCUAAUGUUUUCUCUCUGAGUGACAUGUUCAGAUAUCAGUCACAUGUCUGUGUUGCAAACAUUAGGUUAGCAUAAAAACUGGAAGCAGGGGAAACUGCUAACCUGGCUCUGUGACAAGUUAAGAAAUAAAUUUGCCAACACAUUUUAAGUUCAAAUGAGCACCUGUCUGGUUUGUUUAAUCUGUACACAAGAAAAAUAAUAAUGUCAUUGUGCGCUGUAGUCAGAGACAGAAGAAUGGAUUCACUGUUGUUAAUUAAGAAAUAGUUCCAGCUGUAACUUUACAUUUCAGUUUGUGUACGAAUUAAUUACAGACAUGUUAAUCAGUGAUCUUAAUAGGAGUCGGCAGGUGCCUUUUUUAACUUUGGACAGAGCUGACAGCCUACAAAAGAGAUGUAUGAACACGCAGAAUGCAGAUGGUGGCAACAUCAUAUUUCAUGACAGAUUGUUGCUCGUCCUUCAGGGCGUUCACAUGUUUAUAGGACCAAGUCUGCGGUUUGUUUUGAACAUGUAAUAAUAGGUUUGAACAGAAAUAACCUUAUGUUACAAACUGUUACAUUAACCUUCAGAUCCGCGGUUCGACCACAGGAUGACCCAGGAUGAAGGGA